AUGGACUCUGCUCAAACUACCAAGGUGGACCUGUUGCCUGUCCUGGCCAGCAUUGGCGCUUUGCUUUCUGUGCUGGUGUUUGUCGCCCUCUUGGUUGGGCCAAAAACCGUACUUAAUACGAUUUUCAAUGGCUUCUUGUCUCUUACAUACCGAAUUCCGGCUGUAGAUGGGAAGAAGUACAUGUCGGGUCCGGCAUAUACAUUUCCCAAUGGGCAAAUGGUUGAUAAGUUCCUGGCUGCGCGGACCAGGAGUUGGGAGUGGGAGGAGAAAUACGGGAAGACGUAUCGUAUCUGGGCUGCCAGCAUUCCUGAAGUGGUGAUCACUGAUCCCAAAGACGUCGAGGCUCUAUACUAUCAGUCUACCGACCAUCGUAAGGCACCCCAGGCAAAUGCAGGCUGGCUUUUGACCCAACUUCUUGGAUCAGGCCUGGGCUUGAUCAACGGGACUCGCUGGACUACACUUCGGAAGACCUUGGAUCCGAUGUUCUCGCAUCUGGCUGCCAUGCAAUAUCUCCAUAAUCACCUCGAUGCCAGUGCCGAGGACUAUGUUGCCGGGAUAGACAAGUUUGCUAAAGCAGACAAGCAGGGUGCAAAAGGCAAAGAAAUGGUCAUCAAUGCCACGCAGGCACUGCAGAGAUAUCCUUUCUUUGAGGUCGCGUCAAUGUUCUAUGGAAGAAUGAGCGACGUCGAGAAGGAGCGCCUGUGGGAGCUCGGGCGUCAGUAUUCAGAAGUUUUCUCGGCGAUUGUGUUUGGCGGCAUUCAUCGCUCUAAAAUGACCAAGUAUUUGAACACCAAAGCCUACAAGGGCGCGAUGACCUACCAGAAGGCGUGGCAGAACUUCAACAUGGACAUUGCUAGGGCGCGAGAAAUUACAGCUCCAGAGACGCCGAUUAUCCUCCUUAUGCGAGCCGCUGAAAGGGGCGAAAUAACAUCGCAAGAGGUGACAGACACUGUUGCGGAAUCCACCUUUGCGAACCUAGACAUCGUUACCCAAGUCAUCUCGUCUUGCGUCAUUCUUCUGGCCGACUCCCCCGAGGUUCAAGGUGACCUUCUCAAGGAGAUGGAAGAAAACAAGGUAAACAGAGGAAAAUACAUCACUCGCAAGGACACCCUCCUUCAUUUCUGCUUGCUGGAAUCGCUUCGCCUCAGGCCAGUCCUCGCAUUCACAUUCCCUGAGAAUCCCCCGAGAGAGAAGAUCCUGGGAAACUUCGUGGUACCCAAAGACACGACCGUGAUUGUGGACGCUUUCGCCAUCAAUAUUAGAAACCCAUUCUGGGGUCCUGACAACAGAUCUUAUAGGCCAAGUCGUUUUGCGGGUAUCAAACAGAACCAGCUCCGGUAUAACCUUUCAACUUUCGGCUACGGGCCUCGAAAGUGCCUUGGGCAGCACAUCGCUGAUAAGAUCGUUAAGGCGGUAGUCUAUCACAUGUUCAGCAAGUACAAGGUUUCUCUCCAGCCGAUGCAAGGUCUGGAAGGAGACUUCAAAGUUGAUAAAACUAGCUGGGUGGGAUUGUAUGAUGUUGACUUGAAAUUGGAAGAAAGGGAAAUUGGUGUCAGUAAGACUGAAUGA